AUGGCUUCAACUACCGGCGUCGGAGACGAAGAAACGGCACCGUUACUAGCGACAUCGCCGACUUCAUCAACUGGCAUCAUUCAUUCACAGUAUCAAUCACUAAACCAAAUCAGCAGCAAUAAUGAAAGUGAUACUAGUAAUAUCAGCAAUACCGACCCCGAAUGGACGCUCAGCCAAAGCGCGCGAAGGCUCUAUAUAUCUCAUACCCUCUCAACAUGGAACUCACGCGUCUUCGAAUUCGGCAGCGUCUUAUAUCUUGCAUCAAUCUUCCCCGGAACCUUGAUGCCCCUUGCGAUAUACUCGAUAGUGAGAGGUGCUUCUGCGAUCACGUUGUCAUCAUGGGUCGGGAGCUACAUCGAUCGUAAAGACCGCCUUAAGACUGUGAGACUGUCAAUCGUCUCACAGCGACUUGUUGUUGCUGCCUCAUGCGCUAUAUUCUUCAUACUCAGCAGAGCCGAAAGCCCUUCAGAUGAGCUGCGGGUCGGUUUGCUUGCGGCCUUGAUCUUCAUGGCAUGUAUUGAGAAACUAGCCGCUAUCAUGAAUCUCGUGUCAGUGGAAAGAGAUUGGGUUAUUGUUGUGGCACGCUCAGAUACUACUGCACUUCGAACCAUGAACUCGCAAAUGAGGCGAAUUGACCUUGUUUGUAAACUACUCGGACCUUUCUUCAUAGGCAUACUAGAUGGUGUUUCCACGGAAACAGCAAUUCUUGUCAACCUAGCAAUGAACUGUGCUUCAGUUAUUGUUGAAUAUUUCACUAUUGCUAAGGUCUAUUAUCAAGUACCCGAACUUCAGCAAUCAAAGACUACGCCCCCUAUUGUACCACAAAAUGAGGAACAACAAAUUCAUCAGAAUGUAUAUGUGUCGUUCAAAAAGGCUGUGCAGAAGACGUCCAGUGACCUUCGACUUUACUUUACACAUCCUGCAUUUGCACCCUCAUUCUCAAUAGCGCUUCUCUACUGCACAGUCUUGUCUUUUGGCGGAGUUAUGGUUACAUAUUUGUUAGCAAGUGGAUACACUUCAGCUCAGAUUGCUGCAAUGAGAACAGUCUCGGUGACUCUCGAGGUUCUCGCCACAUGGAUCGGACCGUGGUUAAUGAAGAGAAUUGGUCCCGUUCGUGCCGGUCUUUGGUUCCUCAGCUGGGAACUGGGGUGUUUAGCAAUCGGUGUAUCAAUCUUCUGGCGAUAUGCUGGCAACGUUUUGGUAUCGACACUGGGACUUGUCUGUGGUUCGAUGUUGAGCCGAAUCGGACUUUGGGGGGUAGAUCUGUCUGCACAGGUCAUUAUUCAAGAGGAAGUUGAGGCAGAGAAUAGAGGAGCCUUUUCUGCUGUGGAAGCUAGUUGGCAAAAUGUGUUCGAGAUGUGCUCAUACACGUCGACCAUCAUAUUCUCGUCACCUAGUGAGUUCCACAACCCGACAGCACUGAGCGUCACAGCAGUGUUCUUUGCUUGGCUACUGUACAGCUCCUUUGUCAAGAAGCGACGAGGGCAUCUCGUCCACUGGCCGACUUGCAUGUCCCCGGAAAAGCAGCAGGCAACAAUCGACGAGCUGUUCGAGUCCGGGCCGUCAAGGCGAAGAGAGGGGCUCUGA